AGCAUUUCGAGUGAGCUCGCAGAAAGUGAGGGGCUUUCGGCUGACCGCCCGCUGGUCACUUCUCGCUGCCUGAAGGACGGCUCUGAGCACGUUUCCUUGUCGCUAAUGACCGGUGGCGGGGGCAGUGCGCAGCUCCGGGAAACGGCGGAAACCAGUGUGCAGGGUCAAAGACAGCUGGCCCCCCAUGUCAGUGGUCUAGGAUGGCCAGUGAAGCCACCAACAUCCCAAGUCCUGUGGUGCGCCAGAUUGACAAGCAGUUUCUGAUUUGCAGUAUAUGCCUGGAACGGUACAAGAACCCCAAGGUUCUCCCCUGUCUGCACACUUUCUGCGAGAGGUGCCUGCAGAACUAUAUUCCCGCCCACAGUUUAACCCUCUCCUGCCCAGUGUGCCGCCAGACCUCCAUCCUGCCCGAGAAGGGGGUGGCCGCGCUCCAGAACAACUUCUUCAUCACGAACCUGAUGGAUGUGCUGCAGCGAACGCCUGGCAGCAACGUUGAGGAGUCGUCCAUCCUGGAGACAGUCACUGCAGUGGCUGCAGGAAAGCCCCUCUCUUGCCCGAACCACGAUGGGAAUGUGAUGGACUUUUACUGCCAGUCUUGUGAGACCGCCAUGUGCCGGGAGUGCACUGAGGGGGAGCACGCGGAACACCCCACAGUGCCCCUCAAGGACGUGGUGGAGCAGCACAAGGCUUCACUCCAGGUGCAGCUGGACGCUGUCAACAAAAGGCUCCCAGAGAUAGAUUCUGCUCUUCAGUUCAUCUCGGAAAUUAUUCAUCAGUUAACCAACCAGAAGGCCAGCAUUGUAGACGACAUCCAUUCCACCUUUGAUGAGCUCCAGAAAACUUUAAAUGUACGCAAGAGCGUGCUGCUUAUGGAACUGGAGGUCAACUACGGCCUCAAACACAAAGUCCUGCAGUCGCAGCUGGAUACUCUGCUCGAGGGCCAGGAGAGUAUUAAAAGCUGCAGCAACUUCACGGCGCAGGCCCUCAACCAUGGCACGGAAACCGAGGUGCUGCUGGUGAAGAAGCAGAUGAGCGAGAAACUGAACGAACUGGCCGACCAGGACUUCCCACUGCACCCGCGGGAGAAUGACCAACUGGACUUCAUCGUAGAGACCGAAGGGCUCAAGAAGUCCAUCCACAACCUCGGGACGAUCCUCACCACCAACGCCGUCGCCUCCGAGACCGUGGCUACGGGCGAGGGGCUGCGGCAGACCAUAAUCGGGCAGCCGAUGUCCGUUACCAUCACAACCAAGGACAAAGACGGGGAGCUCUGCAAAACCGGCAAUGCCUACCUCACCGCGGAGCUGAGCACGCCCGACGGCAGCGUGGCGGACGGAGAAAUCCUCGACAACAAAAACGGCACCUACGAGUUUUUGUACACCGUGCAGAAGGAAGGGGACUUUACCCUCUCUCUGAGACUCUACGACCAGCACAUCCGAGGCAGCCCGUUUAAGCUGAAAGUGAUCAGGUCGGCGGACGUGUCGCCCACCACCGAGGGCGUGAAGAGGCGCGUGAAAUCCCCGGGCAGCGGUCACGUGAAGCAAAAGGCUGUGAAACGCCCCGCGAGCAUGUACAGCACUGGGAAGAGAAAAGAGAAUCCCAUCGAGGACGAUUUGAUCUUUCGAGUGGGUACCAAAGGAAGAAAUAAAGGAGAAUUUACAAAUCUUCAAGGGGUAGCCGCAUCUACAAGUGGGAAGAUAUUAAUUGCAGACAGUAACAACCAGUGUGUGCAGAUAUUUUCCAAUGAUGGCCAGUUCAAAAGUCGUUUUGGCAUCCGUGGACGCUCUCCCGGGCAGCUGCAGCGACCCACGGGGGUAGCUGUGCAUCCCAGUGGGGACAUAAUAAUUGCAGACUACGAUAAUAAGUGGGUUAGCAUUUUCUCUUCAGAUGGGAAGUUCAAGACAAAAAUCGGAUCAGGAAAGUUGAUGGGGCCCAAAGGAGUUUCUGUGGAUCGCAACGGCCACAUCAUUGUGGUGGACAACAAGGCGUGCUGCGUGUUUAUCUUCCAGCCAAACGGGAAAAUAGUCACCAGGUUUGGUAGCCGAGGAAAUGGGGACAGGCAGUUUGCAGGUCCCCAUUUUGCAGCUGUAAAUAGCAAUAAUGAAAUUAUUGUUACAGAUUUCCACAAUCAUUCUGUCAAGGUGUUUAAUCAGGAAGGAGAGUUCAUGCUGAAGUUUGGUUCAAAUGGAGAAGGAAAUGGGCAGUUUAACGCCCCAACGGGCGUAGCGGUGGAUUCGAACGGAAACAUCAUUGUGGCCGACUGGGGAAACAGCAGGAUCCAGGUUUUUGAUGGAAGUGGAUCUUUUUUAUCCUACAUUAACACAUCCGCUGAUCCGCUCUACGGUCCCCAAGGCCUGGCCCUGACUUCAGACGGCCACGUUGUGGUUGCAGACUCUGGGAACCACUGUUUCAAGGUCUAUCGGUACUUACAGUAACGGCUGGCAGCUGGACAACCCCUAACAAAGGUCUUGCACUAUAAACUGGAAUGGAUUUCUCAGCGCGGGACCAGAUUAUACUAGACUUUUCAUGCUAGAAGGAAUCAUUGGUGGACUUUUCCAAGGUUAUUUCUGAAUGUAACGGUUUCCUUAAAAACUACAUCUGAUUUCUGUAAUUGACCUUUAGGGUUAAAAAAAAAAAAUCCCUUCUACUGAAUCUAUAAAAACUGCAAAGUUUUACACCUGUGAACUAUGGCUUAUAGGACAGGGAUUUAUGUAGUUAAUUGUGCAAAUCAAAUGAGCAUUCAAAAACACCUAGAAUAUUUAAAGGUGUUUGUUAGUCCUGUGAAUGGUAGCCUUUGCUCAGAGCUUCCAAAAACAAAACAACACAAAAACAAAACCUGUUGUGGUUAUAUACUUUAACCUCGGUCACAAGACCUAGGGGAGCUUCUAACCUCACUUUUAAACUAGUUAUUGUUCUUGUGACAUUUUUUGGUUAUCAAGAACUAUAUAUAAAUUACUUUAGGGAAAAAAAUAAGACUGUCUUGCAAAAUCCUCUCAUCUGUGAUUAGCAGGCCUCUGAGGUUAGCACUUAAAAAUAAAUGUAAAUUUUCCAUCUUUCCUGGGUUAGAUCAAAGAUCUUUUUUUUUUUUUUUUUUUUUUUUAGUGUUGUUUUCACCUUUUCUCUCCUCCUCACCUUGUAUCAAAAAACAAAGUACAUUUUCAGGGAAACCUGAAAUCCUUAAUGCUUUGAAAAGCAUAUUACAGUAGUAAUGCUACCUGUUGGUAAACAGACAGCCCAUCUCCAGAUCAAUGCACUGGAAUGUAAUCAAGAAAAACUUAGUCAUGUUUUAUGUGCCAUGUUCUCACAUAUGUCUCUCUUCUUCCACUUCAUGAAAGCGAAAGCUUUAACCUCCUGCAAAAUGUCAGCACAUGUAGUAGGACACCAGUAUCCUAGGACAGAGAGCCAUAAGUAGCCCUUUGGAGGACGGAUGGUGUCAACCAAAGGCAUGUGAUUGAGUAAUGGUUUCCCCUUAGAAAGCAGUGUUACCAAAGUUGUGAAAGCAUUACAGGUAUGGGCAUGUUAUGGUUAUUUAUCAUUGUCUAAUGAAUAGUAGAGGCAUUAAAGGACUAUGUAUACAUGAUUAGGGUAAGGUAGAAUGUAUCAUAUAUAUCUAUAUAUAUAGCUGAAUCUUUGGUGUAUUGAAAUAGGCAGCACUCUGAAAUACGGAAGCAUCGUACAGCCUUUCUUCAGCACAUUCCUUUACAGAGCAGCUUCAAGCCGUCCUAGCAGAACAAGCCCUAAAGCAGAUUUAAUUUUUGCCAUUUUCCAGGAAUGAUGGUAUCGGCUGACUUUGCAUCAGAAAAUGGUCUUCUGGUCUUUCCAAA